AUGUAUUGGAUCUUGUUGUUACAAGUUGUCCUUUUAAUAAAUAGAUCAACAGCAUGUACAACACCAACAUUUUCAAACUUAACUGUGCAAUCGAAUUUCAGUUUACAUAAUUUUCUUGGUAUAUGGUAUGAAAUCAAAGCAUAUAUAAAUGAAACAAACACUGGAUUUGAUGUAUGGCAUGAUUUUUCACAAUCAUUUCAACUAGAGACUAAUUCUAGCGAACGUCUUCUUGUUUAUGGUAAAGCACGAUUAACGCAAGAAGACCAAUGUUUUUCAUUUGGUCCAUGGUUAUUAAUUGCAAAUGAUAGUGCUAAAAUGAUUCAAGUUGAAAAAAACGAACUUACUUAUACUACCGAUCUCUAUUGGCCAUACUAUAUUUUGAAAACGGACUAUAAUCAUUACGCAUUAAUUUAUAGAUGUAAGACAAAGAAUUAUAGACUUAAUGAUCCAUGUGAUGAUCCAACUGUAUGGGUAUUUAGUCGUACAAGAUCGUUAUCAAAUGAAUAUGCAAAAGAACUUGAUACUUAUAUUGAAAAUAUAUUAUGUAUGAAUGUAACUAAUUUUGAAAUAAUUUCACAUCGAGAAAAAUCCUGUUAUAUGAACUCUGUAUUAAAUUUAAAAUUCUAUUUAACGAAUAUUAUUCUUUGUUUAAUUUUACUUGUUUUUGUAUAA